AUGGAGAAAGAGGGACUCUUUAUGAUGAACUCUUUCUUCCAGAAGCGGCCCCACAGGAAGUGGACCUGGUCGAGCCCCGACGGUACGACAAAAAAUGAGAUUGACUUCAUUAUGACGACCACACGCCAACUGUUCAGUGAUGUCUCAGUGAUCGCAAGUGUGAAAACUGGCAGCGAUCACCGAAUGGUUAGAGGCACAGUGAACCUAAACGUUAAGUUGGAGAUGUCUUGUCUAAUGAAGUCAACGCUCCUUCCCCCUCGUGCUCUAAUCCAGAAUCCCGAAACCUUUCAGCUCGAUUUACGUAAUCGUUUUCAGUGCCUAGAAGAUUGCAAUGCAAUGGACGAUAUGAAUGACAAGCUCGUGGAAACUGUCCAUGUGGUCGGAACUAAGUUCUGCAAGACCCGCCGCAGAAGAACACAAAAACUCUCCGAUCACACUCUUAAUCUCAUGGCUGUUAGACGGGAGAUGAGGCUGCAAUCGUCAACAGAUUUGACAGCAUACAGGCAACUAACUGAACAGACAGAUCUCCGAAUAUAUAGGGCGAGACUUACACAACUUUAA